AUGAUCCCGGCUUUAGAUUCACUCACACCUUCUAAACAUCAAGCUGCUGGUCAUGAUGGCUGCCUUGCUACUGAUUCAUUGUUCAUCAAAUUAACUGCUCAGCAAGAAAUUGAUUUCUAUACCAAAGUUCAACUGUACGACCAAGAUGUUGAAGAUGCCUCAUUAGGGUCCCAGUUGUCUCAUUGGAUGCCUACAUUUAUGGGGACAUUAACCCAAGGAGAUAUAUCAAAAAAUCAAACAACAGGUCCGGAUCAACUGGCAUCAGAUAAACAAUACAUUGUGCUACUGAAUUCGUACCAUGGCUUUACUCACCCUAGUAUAUUGGACAUCAAGUUGGGCGCCAAAUUGACCGAUGAUGAGGUUACUGCUCCAGAGAAGAUUGCUAGGUUACAAAAAGUCAGUGAUGCGACUACUAGUGGGAGUUUAAAUUUUAGAAUUUGUGGUAUGAAAGUCUACAACGGGACAUCAGAUGCUAAACCAGCUAAUGAACUAUACGAGAAUAUGAAUGACUCGUCUGUGUCUGUCAAUAUAAAUGAUAUCGAUAACCAUAAAUAUCUUGAAUUUAAUAAAUUCUAUGGCAGGUCCUUAACUAAGGCUAAUGUGAAGGAGGGAUUGGAAUUAUAUUUUAAUAAUCACUUACCCAAACCAAUCGUUAAAAGAUUAUUAACUGUGUUUUAUAAACGUCUUCAGUUAUUAUAUAACUGUUUAUUGGACUAUGAGGUGAGAAUAUUUUCUGGGUCGUUAUUGUUCAUCUAUGAAUCUGAUUUAACGAAAUGGGAAAAUGUUACUGACGACAAUUAUGAUAUGUACAACCCACUAGUAAGAGAAAUGGCAGAAGAAGAAGAAGAAGAAGAAGAAGAAGAAGAAGAAGAAGAAGAAGAAGAAGAAGAAGAAGAAGAAGAAGACGAACACGAACACGAAGAAACAAAGGAAGACAAUACAAAACGACAAAAGACACAACCGUUUACUCCAUUAAGUUCGUUGAAUCUCAUUGAUUUUGCUCAUGCCAAAUUUGUUGAAGGUCAAGGGUACGACGAGAAUAUUGUUCAAGGAGUUGAGAAUUUGAUUGACAUAUUCAAAACUUUGCUUGAAAAAUACGACUAG